GAGACAGAAGUAUCACUAUAGCUAUCUCUAGUAUAUCUAUACUAUAUAUAUGUGUGUGUGUGUCAGUAAUAUGGUUUUUUGGUGCCUGAGAUUGGUGUGUGGUAGAAGAGCAGCAGUGAUAUUAAAAAGCAAGUUGUUUUCAAGUGGUGAAGGGGUGAGAGAGUUAACCUGGGACAAAAGCUUGUGUUCUUUGUGUGAGUUCUUUUUAUCCUGACCACAAAAAUGCUUACAGAUAAGGAAACAGAAAGUAGCUGGUUUCAGUUCAGUAGUUCUGUUAUGUGUGAAGUAGAAGAUUAUUUCUGUGUAGCAAGAGGAUUGCUGUUGUGUGUGUCAGCAGUAAGAAAAUGCUGCUUUUGAGGGAAAUGUGCCUGGUAGUGGACAUGGCACUGGCUUAGUCUAAACUCAUAGUGAUUCCAGAGACUAAACUAUUGACACCUGGGCUUGGGUGGGAUCCAUGAGCAGUAAUCAGUGCUAAAGACAAAGGAGCUGCUGCUCAUUUCCAGGCUCUGCCAGACGAUAUGGGGAGGAAGGUUAAAACAAUUGAAGGAACUGUUCUUUUUUCAGUCUCUGGGGAAAAAAGAAUAGUCCAACACACUUGAUCAGAUCUCCUGUUCCUGGCAUUUUAGCACUUCUCUGAGUGUUAAAACCACAAGAAAACCACAAAAGGGUUGAGGCUGGAAGAGACCUAUGUGGUCCAACCCUGUGCUCAAGCAGGGCUGUGCAGAGCUGGUUGCCCAGGACCACAUCCAGACAGCUUAGGAACAUCUCCAAGGAUGGAGAGAGAUUCCACAGCUCCCCUGGGUAACCUGUGCCAGUGCCACUGGUCGUCUUUCAAGUGCCUACAGAAAGUGUCUGGUAGUGUGUGUGCCCUGACUUGCUUAGGUUAGGAUAUGGAAUUGGCUGGUUCCUGGCUGCAGGCAUCUCACAGCAGCAGAAUAGAGGCUGUGUGAGGACUAAAGUCUGGGCAGGAGAAUGGCUUCGUGUGUUUGUGAUGAGAUAUUUGGUGUGGUGAUCUGGUUUUCAGGUUUUACUCCUGAAUUUCUGUACAUUUAUCAACAAAAAUGUUGUUGUAACUCCUGCUAUCCUAGGUAUUUCAAGUCCCCAAGAUAUCUUGAACAGUAAAGGAGUUUUGAUCAGAAAAUAUGUAAAAUAUCCAUCCUUUAAGUAGGGAUACCUGUUGCAGAAAUCUGAACUGUGUUUUUAGAGUGACCUAAAUUUGUGGUUUCUUAUGUAAUAAGCCAGAAAGAGGGUACUUCAAGCCCCAUUUCAAGUAAGUCCUUUCAGUAAGAUGCUUUUCCUGCAGCACUUGGAAAACACCAGUAAGAAUUUUUGCCCGAGAGUAUAACAGUGAUGUGUUACAGGAGCCCUGGCCUCUGAGGCUGUUUGUUCAAAUUCUUUUGUUUAUUAUGAGCUGGAAUGCAGGGCUGUGGGCUGGGCUGGAGAACACCAGCGUGGUGCCUUCGUGACACUUGGCAUUAACAAAUGGCAUCUUUGUUCCAGCCUCUGCAGCUCCUGGAGCUGUAGAGGGGCUGUGUCUGGAAAAAGGAGCACGUGUCAAGUGGCUCAGUUGUGUGGAACAAAUGCAGCAAGUGGAGGAGGAGAACUUUUCCCUUGGUCAUUUUUGAGAAACACUGGUUUAGAAUAUGGUCUAGAAGCAAACAGAUUUACUUCAUGAAGACUAAAACAGAGCUCUACAAGGACUUGGAAGAAAAUGAAAAUGGCAGUCUAAAGACUGGUGCAGAUGCUGAGCAGGAUGCUGCUAUCAAACUUGCCCAGGAACGAGCAGAGAUAGUUGCCAAGUAUGACAGAGGACGAGAGGGUGCUCAGAUUGAACCGUGGGAAGAUGCUGACUACCGUCUUUACAAAGUCACAGAUAGAUUUGGGUUUUUACAUCCAGAGGAGCUUCCAGUCCAUGAUGUGAUGAUAGAAAAGCAAAAGCACCUUGAAAUUGAAAGAACUACAAAAUGGCUUAAGAUGCUGAAAAGCUGGGAAAAAUACAAGAAUAGUGAAAAGUUUCAUAGGAGAAUUUAUAAAGGAAUCCCACGGCAGUUCAGAGGGCAAGUCUGGUCUUUGUUGCUUGAUGUUCCUAAGAUGAAAGAAGAAAUGAAAGACUUUUAUAAUAAAUUGAAGUAUCAAGCACGAGGGUCUUCACCAGAUAUUCGGCAAAUUGACCUUGAUGUGAACCGGACGUACAGAGACCACAUCAUGUUUCGGGACAGAUAUGGUGUGAAGCAACAAUCUUUGUUCCAUGUUUUAGCUGCAUAUUCCAUAUAUAAUACGGAAGUUGGAUACUGCCAGGGAAUGAGCCAGAUCACAGCUUUGCUUCUGAUGUUCAUGAAUGAAGAAGAUGCCUUCUGGGCCUUGGUGAAACUUCUCUCUGGUCCAAAGCAUGCUAUGCACGGUUUUUUUAUUCCUGGUUUUCCAAAACUGUUGAGGUUUCAGGAACACCAUGACAAAAUACUGAAGAAAUUUUUGUCCAAACUUAAGCAGCAUUUGGACUCCCAGGAUAUGCCCACCAGCUUUUACACAACCAAGUGGUUUUUCCAGUGUUUUCUUGAUCGUACUCCCUUUACAUUAAGCCUCAGGAUAUGGGAUAUCUACAUACUUGAAGGAGAGCGGAUUCUCACUGCUAUGUCUUACACAAUUCUGAAACUGCACAGAAAGCAUCUGAUGAAAUUACAAAUGGAAGAGCUUGUAGAAUUUCUGCAGGAGUCUUUAGCCAAGGAUUUCUUCUAUGAAGAUGACUUUGUAAUAGAGCAGCUCCAAAAUUCUAUAUCAGAAUUGAAACGAGCAAAGCUGGAUUUACCAGUAGCUGGUAAAGAAGAUGAAUUUCCAAAGAAGCCAUUGGGGCAGAUUCCAUCAGGACCUCUACCUUCUGUGCUUAACUCCACUCCAAUGCUUAAUGGACAGAACAGUACUGGUACUCAAGCAGCAAGGACAGAGAGAAGACCAUCCACAGAAGAAGAACCAGAAAGUUCACCAAAUGACCGAAAAAGAAUUAAUUCUGUGGAAAAGAAACCUUCCUUAAAACAGCAAAAGGUUCGACCAAUAGAGACACAAAACAAUUUGCCUAAGAAUGAGGUAGAUACCAGAAAAAAGCCUCAGCCAACAGAGCAAGACAACUCAAGUCUAUACAAUAAUGCAGCUGCUAAUCAAAAUUCUAAUGCUACUUCCAAUACAAGAAGGGAAUUUGUACCUAAGUGGAAUAAACCAUCUGAUAUCAAAAUGAUGGAAAAGACAAUGAAACUCACUGCAGAGGUGAAAGGGAGGCCAGUAAACCAUUCUGUUUUGGGUCCACCACCAAGUCCUGGAGAAAUGCAGCCUUUGAAUGUAAAGCAAAAAGUAAGGGUUUUGGAUGCUGAUGAAGGUAAGCGAGGGUCUAAUGCAUCUCAGUAUGACAAUGUUUCAGAGGAUGAAACUGAGAAUGAGAAUCUUGUUGAAGAUGUGCUUGAGAGAGCUCAUCCAGAAAGUCCUAGGCAUGUAGCAUUUUCUAACAGUCCAAGAAAGCAAAUGGAAAAAAUACCAGCUCCAUUAAAAAUACCUAAUAAUUACACCUUCACUUCACAACCCAGAUCUCCAAAAUAUGCAUCUCAGUCUGAUGGUCCAUCUCAUGGACUGAAUGUAAAACAGCCACUGCCAGGUUAUAGUAAUCCCCCUACUUACUAUGGGAAUUCUCCAAAGCAUGUUUCCAGUAUAGGCAAUGCAAGUUCUGCACCUCUGCAUUACCAUGGGAAUCGACCCGGCCCCUCUGGAAGGCCAUACCCUCCUUUUAUGUCAGUAGAUUAUUCCCCAAAUAAACUGCAAAUGAAUUCCUAUCCUGCCAGCCGCCAAAAUCCUCUUUCACCAGCCCCUGCUCAGACAGAAGUCACUCCUGUUGAUGCUUACACCAGCAACUCGAGGUCCUCCCCAGGUGUCAAGUUCAUCAUCCCUCCAGCAGAUUAUUUACCAGAGGAGAGAAAGUGGCCAGAUGCUGCCUACAUCUACAGACAUGAACCCUACAGGCAGCCCUGGAGCCAAGACCUUAACAAAGGCCACUUGGAUAAUUUCCAGAAAUACCAUCAUUUUCAGUCAACACCUUUACAAGACCGGAGUCUUCCUGCUGUUUCUGUGGAUAGUCCAGUGAGAUACAGGACUUCCCCAACCUUUGAAGAGAAUGGUUCCCCACAGUACCAAUAUCCAAACCCAUCAGCUCAAGCCCAGCACUAUCGGAACAGAACUGAUGGAUUGUCUAUGCAUGAAUCUGUGCUCCUCUGAGAAUCUGGCUAUGCUUAGUAAAAUGGCAAGAACCAAACCAGUUGAACAGUACUGUGUCAGUAGUAGUCCACCUCAGUUCUCUGAAAUGUGAGCGGUUCAUGUGAGUUCAAAAAUAAUGACACUAUUUCAGAGAUGUUUCAGACUUUGGUUGAAAGCUGGUGGAGUUCUUGGACUUGCAUGGAAGCUACUGGAAGUGAUCUAAUGCACAUAGACAUAGCAAUAAGCUCAUGUACACCGUGUUGUUCAUGAUGUUGUCGCUCCUUACAUAUUUGAAUAACUUGUGUUACAAUCCUUCUGCCUAAAACCUGUAACACACUGAAAAGUUUUAUUUUGACUGACAUUGUUAAUGCACUGUACAGAUGUGUGUGUGUGCACCUGUGUGAGUGUGCACUUACAGUACACAAACUCAUAUGGAAAAGAGCUAAAAAGUUUAAAUGCAUUUAACUUUGGGCAAAGCUUGUGAAGUACUUUUAUUUCAUAUUAAUUUUUCUUUGUAAUUUAUUUGAGAAGCCAUUCAUUUUGAAUGGGAAUUUCCGUCAUUUUUAUACAGCUGCCUCAGCAUCCCAGUAUCUGUUCUGGGCAGGAGAGAUGCUUUGGGAUUAUUAAUUUAAUCAUAUGUGAGAGUUAAUUUCCUCUCCUUUGACUACUGUUUGUCAUUUUCCUGAGCAGGAAGGAGCAGGCAGGCAAAAGCAGAAAGCAAAAAAUGUCUCUCUAAUCUGGCUAAGAAAUGGUGCUUAAAUUCAGGGCGGUAUUUUAGGGGUUUUGUAAGUGCAUUGAAAGAGGAGAAUUUGUACCUUCUCACCCAAACCUACCUUCAGAAUGUCAUUCUAUAUGCAAAAGACUGGAGCACAGUGAGACUAAUGCCAGAUACAGAAAUGGUGCUGCACCCUUCACUUUUUGCCAUGCUGUGCUGUCAGACUAAAACUGGUUGCAGGGCCAAAUCUCACAGGUAUCAGAGAAUUGCACAGCUCAUUGACACCUCUGUGAAGUGCAUGCAAGAAUUUGAGCUUUGCUCCAAUAUUGAUACUCCCUGAGCUAUGUGAGUAUGCAGUGUCUCUUCUCUUAAGCUUUGUCAAGUGGAUUCUGUUGUGUUUUUCCCUUUUUCCCCCAAAUUGCUGGUGGGUUCCUGUCUGUGAUGGGGUGUGUGCUGCUGUGCUGUUGGGCUUGCACUGCACCGUGUUUCACACUAAAAUGACCCUGCCUGUUGUUAACAGGAACCUUAAACUCCUGCUGAUGUAAGUAAUUCUAAUUAGUGUUUGCAGCCCUUUUUCCUUCGUGUUUUCCUUUCUUUGACUGUGAAUUAGAGGUGGGAUUAAAAGCAGGUGAAGUGGCACAUGUAGGAUGGAGUCCUGGGAGCUGCAGGACGUGCUGACCUCUCGCCAGGAGCUGAGGCAGAGGAGGGUCUCACCAGGAGAGGUCCUUGGAGUGCUGAACAGAGAGAUUUCUGAUACUGAAGUACUAAGCAUUGGUAUCAACAGCAGUUUGGAAGGUUGUCCUGUUCCCUUUUGUUUUCUAAGGUUUGUUAACUGAAAACAUAGAAAUGGAUAUUAUUUUUUUCCUUUAAAGAAUGAGCUUUAGUGCCUAUUAUUGCUGCAGGUUGGCUCUGUAAGUUUUAAGGUACAGAAGUAAAACAAUUUUUACAAAUGGAAGUAACAUUUACUUAGUAUGUUUCAAAACAUUUUUUUGUGUAUAUAACGUGUCUGAUGUAAUUUUUAAUAACUGGGCAAUUUUAUAUUUUGAAAAUUGCAAACUGCAGCGAAGUAACUGUAGCCAAGCACUACACUGAAAUCCUAAACUAAAAUUGUGAAGAUAAAUAUGACUUGGGCUUACUUUAGUUCUGAUUGCUUACAGCAGCUUAGAAAUGUAUGUAUAUAAUAUUGUGGCUAAGUGUAAUAAUCUCAGUGUUUAAUGAUGGUUCUGUAAUUCAUAACGAAGCUGUACAAUUUAUUUGUGCAAACAACAUGAGGCUCCAAAAUAUGUAUCAGCAUUAGUAAAUACUGUAGAUUUUUAUAUAUAAAAUAUAUACACACUAUUUUCUUAUUUCAUCUGCAACAGUUUUAUAACUGUGUACCCUAUUUUGAUGUGACUGUAUUUUUAACAUGUUAAAAUAAUAAUAAUUAAGCUUA